GGCCCGGCUGCCGCACGUGCCGAGCCCCGCGGGAGCCGCUGCAGCUGCUAUCGCCGCCCGCGCUGCCAUGUCCGGCGAGUCGGAGCCCGGCCGCCGCCGGCGCUACACCCACGACACCUUCGAUUUCCCCAAGGAAUUUGAGCACCGGGUCGACCCUCAUCGGCGAGGGUCGCUGUGUGACCGGCACUGUGCUGCCAUUAACAACACCCAUGGAGACCUUGGGGACAUGCAUUCGGGAUCCCAUCAGCACAGCAUUAUGACCCCCAGGAUACUGCCAGUGAUCUCCACGCCGGCCUGCUGCCAGCACCUGUCUGACGAGGCGCAAAUUUGUGACGGCUGCCUGGUGAAAACCACCAUCACAGCAGAAAACGAGGUAGAAGCCAACAAACUCUCCAACAACUACAAGUUUGGCUUUAAGAAAUGGAAGAGCCACGUGACAGCCAGGCCUUGGGAAGACCGGUCGGAAAUCGUGAAAGAGCUCUACUCCGAUCUGAACGUCGUGAAAAGCCCCAGAGGUUCCACAGUCACAUGUGGGAACAUCCUCUACCUGCUGCUGUUCGGUUGGUGGCUGUCCCUCCUCUAUCUCCUGGUCUCUGCCCUGAUGUUCCUCACAGUACUGGGAGCGCCAUACGGGAAGCUGUGCUGGGACCUCACUGGGUAUUUCCUCUGGCCAUUUGGAAAAGUGAUUCAGAAGACCAGGACGUACUCUCGAAAGUGCAGCAUCAAGUUCAACAAAUGUGAAGUCAUCUCGGAGGUGAACGAGGCGAAGGAGAGCACCCCUCUGCUCAGCCGCCACGAGGGGGCGCCCGGCACUCAGCAGGAGCCCGGCAGCCACGCGGACGCCACACACUGGCGGCGUGUCAGCACUUACAUCUGGCUCCUGCUGGGCUACCCGGUCCUCGCUCUGGCCCACGGCCUGGUCUGCUUCAUCGCCUGGCUCCUCGUGUUCAUCAUCCCCAUUGCCAAGAUGAACGCUCGGACCGUCACCAAAGUCCUGCUCCUGGCCCCAGAGCACGUGCACGUCCAGCGGAUGAGGAAGACAGAAGUGCCGCUGGAGGCCGAAGUGAUUCUGUGCUGCUACCGGGCUGUUAAUGCCUAUUACUACAAAUACGCCGUGGAUGGGAUCAACGUCUUCGCCGUCAACCUGCUGCCACUCGUGAUUGUGACUCUGGUUCUGGGCUACGUGGACAGCCACAACCGUUUCACCAGCUCUCUUGUGAAGUUCACCCUCUCGCUGCUCUCCAUCAUGCCCCUCUCCUACUACAUCGGCAUGGCCAUCGCCAGUAUUUCAGCUCAGAGUAACUUUGCGGUGGGGGCUGUGGUGAAUGCCUCCUUUGGCUCCAUCAUAGAGCUGACCUUCUACAUCACGGCGCUGAUCAAGGGUUCCCGGGAAGGGAACAAGUGUUACGAGGAGAUUGUGAAGUCGGCCUUGACGGGGACCCUGCUGGGCUGUGUCCUCCUCGUGCCGGGCUUGUGCAUGGUGAUUGGAGGCAUCCGCCACCAGGAGCAGAGGUUUAACAGCCGAUCGGCAGGCGUCAGCUCUGCCCUGCUCUUCCUCUCCGUGGGAGGUGUGUUUGCUCCAACUCUGUUCUCCAAAGUCUAUGGGAGGCUGGUCUGCGGCGAAUGCCAGAACAUUACCCAGAGUCCAGCAGGACACUACCUCUGCCAGAACUGCCACUUUGACCUGAUGGAGAACAAUGGCACCCUGUACUACAAACACGUCCAGCCCCUGGUGUACACGGUGUCCCUCGUGCUUCCUGCUGCCUACAUCAUCGGCCUCUUCUUCACCCUGAAGACUCACUCGCACAUCUACGACAUUCACAUCAGCGACUGCCACAUGCCCGGUCACCAUCACAGCGCCGUGGUCCACUGGUCCCGCUGCAGGGCUCUGAUCAUUCUCCUGCUCUCCACCCUGUGCAUGUCGGCCUGCGCUGACCUAGCCACGGAGCACAUCAGCCCCAUCCUCACUAACUCCACCGUGUCUCAGUAUUUCAUUGGGGUGACCGUGCUGGCUAUGGUGCCCGAGCUCCCGGAGCUGGUCAAUGGAAUCCAGUUUGCCCUGCAGAACAACCUGAGCUUGAGUAUUGAGAUUGGGAGCUGUAUUGCUGUCCAGGUCUGCAUGUUGCAGAUACCCAUCCUGGUGCUCUUCACUAUCUUCUACCCUACAGGUUUCAUACUUGUCUUCAGUGAUCUCCAUGUCUACUCCAGCAUGUUCAGCGUGGUUCUCAUGAACUACAUCUUCAUGGAUGGCAAGUGCGACUACUUCCAAGGUACAGUGCUGGUGAUGGUCUACAUCAUCCUCCUAGCUGUGUAUUUCUUUGCUCCUUCCCCUGCUGGCUGCUGAGGCCUGACUCCAUGGACUCUGUGUUCUCACCUUGGGCGAAGACUCCCCCCAGGGCAGCUUCUGUUAAGAAAUGUUGAGUGUUUUUUCUCAGGGACUCGGCUGGCCUGGUUUUACUCUAAAACCAUUUGUUGCAUGAAGCUAAAGAACCUGCUGCCGGAGUUUUGUUUUUCCUUCAACAGCUGUUUGAAAAGAUGGGAUUGAAUUGGGAAUUGCUAAGCACUGGAAAAGGGGGGGGGGGUGUUUUGCUCGUCCGGUCACUCCUUCUGAACCCAAGAAGACGCCUUAAUGCCAGAAUGCUGCCUUGUGUACCAAAGUGCAGCUCGGUCUGGGAUUGCGGCUAGAGGGAGAUCUGUUGUUGGCAAAAGCUUUUGAGGAACAGAAGAGUCCUCCUUUGACUGGCUUUCGACUCUGAAGGAUGCACUGUUCUCCUGCUGCUGGGAAAGCGUUGCCCUCUCCAAGGUGCUGACUUGAAAAGAGCCAUGUCCUGUCCUCCCAGGAUAGACUGCUACCUGCGUGUCAUGGACAUGGCAACCUCUAACUCCGGCCUGUAGAAAUAACACAGGUGGUUUUUUGCUGUAACUUGAAAUGAACCCUGUUUCUCUUCCUCCCUCCCCACCCCCAACUGUUCUGAUUAAAGCAGUUUUGUAGAAACUUGA